AUUUUCAAUAGGAGGAGAGGAUAACAAUCUUGUCUUAAAAGAGGGAGAAAGUGUGGAACCAAAUGUGGGAUUAAAGCGAAAAAUAGGGACUCAAUUGUAAUUUUAGAUCCUAAAUCCUAGGUAAAACAAGCCAAAAAUUAGCAAAGCGACAGGGUGAUACCGAUAUUGUAGAGAAAAAGCAGGGGCAUUUUGAUUUGAAAUUACAACUACAACAGUUACAUUCUCCGCUGUCACAUUCAUCACAUUGAUUAGAGUUUAUCUAUCUAUCUUCUCUUUUCUUCCACUUGCACAUUAAGCAAAACCAACGAGGAGCUUUUAAACACAAUGCAGGAGGUUAGAAGAGUACGAGUAGGUAAUGUAUCAGAUCUGGCGGCGGAGAGAGAGGUUCACGAGUUCUUCUCCUUUUCCGGCGAGAUUGAGCAUGUUGAGAUUCGCCGAGAAUCGAAGACUGCUUUUGUUACAUUUAAAGAUCCCAAAUCGCUUGAAAUUGCCUUGUUGUUGUCGGGAGCAACCAUAGUGGAUCAGAUUGUAACUAUUGCUAAGGCAGAAGACUAUUCUGAGCCUCGGGAAGUCAGGAUAGUUGAUAAUGCUGUGAAUGUGGCCGGAGAAACUUCUUCUCCCCUUGCUGAGCAGGCCAAACCCAAUUCUCCUAGCAAUGGAAGGGUGGACGGGAAAGUGUAUAUCAGUAAAGCACAAGAUGUUGUCUCAAAUGUGUUGGCAAAAGGUUCAGCUAUCAGACAAGAAGCAAUGAAUAAAGCCAAGGCGUUUGAUGAGAAACACCAGUUAAGAGCCACUGCAUCUGCCAGAGUCAUUUCCUUUGACCGAAGAGUUGGGCUAACAGAAAAGCUUACCGUUGGAAUUUCAGUUGUAAAUGAGAAAGUUAAAUCUGUUGAUCAAAGGCUUCAAGUGUCAGAUAAAACGAUGGCUGCAGUUAUGGCAGCAGAACGGAAAUUGAAUGACACAGGAUCAGCGGUCAAAUCAAGCAGGUAUGUCAAUGCUGGAGCUGCCUGGCUGAAUGGUGCUUUUUCUAAAGUAGCUAAAGCAGGGCAAGUUGCUGGUACAAAAACAAGAGAAAAAUGGAGUUUUGCACUGUCAAAUCUGACAGCAAAGGUUACAAACAACGAUAGAAAAACAGAUGAAAAGAAAUAUUCUGAUAGGUGGGUUAAAAAAAUUGAGUACCAGUGAGAAUCAUGUUGUAACGAGGACAUAUGUUUUUUUCUUUUCGGAAGUAUUGCCAAAAUUUCACUCGUCUAAAUUACACAAUAUUUUCUUCUGCUGGGGAUUCAUUACUGUUUAGCAAGGGGAAUCAGAAAUUAGAUGCCUAGAGGUUACCUCAAAGCUCCUACUAGAUUCACCACCAAUGUGGAUAUCAAAUUAUGGAUUAACUUUUCUCCAUCAUCAGUUUGGUCAUGCCUUCUUUCUCGUGCUCUUUAAGUAAAUUUUGUCUGAACUAAAAUUGCAUUAUCUGGUCAUUCUUGAAGUUCCGAGGUUUUUGUCUAGUACUCUAGCAAUUUGAGGAACCCUAAAAGGAAAAGCACUAGUUUGCAGACUGUUUCUCUAGAUUUGUGUCCCUAACUGGAAGAUAAAUUUGACAUGACAUCCACUUCAGUUUUGUAAAAUUUAGCUGCUGUUGCAAGAUUUACUUUUAAUUCCCCAUAGUUCGGAAAAGAAAUUAGGACUCGGGUAUUUUGCAGACUGUUUGAUCCUAGCUGGAAGACAUGCUUAAUAUUGCAUACACUUCAGUUCUGUAAAACUUGCCGGUCUGCUAAUCUAUCAGUCCGAAUUGCUGUCAAGUUCUCCAGCCACUGUAGCCAUGCGGCCCUUGCCAAUCCCCUUUCCAUCUUCUAAGUUCUGAACCCAUUUCUUGAUUCUGUUUCGUUUGUCCCAUUUUAGUACAUUUGUUUUUUUGAGAAGUUUGCACUUCAACGUCCAAUGUUUCUAGGGUGUGUAUGCUGCUAAAUAUGUUCUCUUCAGUUGCUCCUAUAAAAAAUGUUGCCCCUAUAAAAAAUUAAGGAAGGCUGUGUUUUUUAUAUACAAUUCUAGCUAACAUCAUCGCCAAUAGGAAAAAGCAAAAGAAAAGAAAAGGCAGGAAAUCCGUCACUUGACUAUUACAUGCGUCUUUAAUGUAACCAGGAAGAAAUGAGAGAACAAUUAGAGUCAAAACAGUUAGUAAGAGCACACUUCUUAAACAACGUAAAUACCUCUGCUUGGUUGGAAUCUCUACCAUUAGUGUGACAUUUCAAAUAUUCUACUCACAAAGUGCAAUCCUGAAGAGUUGCACUAUGUUGGAUGGCAAAGUGCUCCCCCGUCCCUCAGCCAUUUCUUUCCUUCUUUCCUU